AUGGAAGGGUUCCGAAAGCCAACCACAGAGCCUCCCUCUACUGCUCUGGUUUACCAGGAUCCUCACUAUUGGAACGAGAGGUUCUCUAAAGAGGAACAUUACGAAUGGUUCAAAGAUUACUCUCAUUUUCGCCAUCUAAUUCAAGCCCACAUCCCUCCAAGCUCUUCUGUGUUGGAGCUUGGUUGUGGGAAUUCACAAUUGUGUGAAGAAAUUUACAGAGAUGGGAUUACUGAGAUUACUUGCAUUGAUUUGUCAGCUGUUGCGGUCGAGAAUAUGCAGAAACGGUUGGAAGCUAAAGGAUAUAAAGAAAUAAAAGUGCUGGAAGCUGACAUGCUAGACCUGCCCUUUAACGACGAAUGUUUUGACGUGGUUAUUGAGAAAGGAACCAUGGAUGUAUUAUUCGUCAACAGUGGUGACCCAUGGAAUCCAAGGCCUGAAACAGUAGCCCAGGUCAAGGCAAUGCUUGAAGGAGUUCACAGGGUUCUGAAACCAGAUGGCAUCUUUAUCUCAAUCUCUUUUGGCCAGCCGCAUUUUAGGCGCCCUUUAUUUUAUGCUCCGGAUUUCACCUGGUCUGUUGAGUGGAGCACUUUUGGUGAUGGGUUUCACUAUUUCUUUUAUGUCUUGAGGAAGGGGAAGAGAUCAUCAAGUGAUGAAGGGUCUAGUGGAGAGAAGGAAAUACCAUCCCUUUGUCUAUUUCAAGAAGAAUUAGAGGGUGAAGAUUUUAUUUUUCGAACCAACAUUGAUGAAGAUUCGUAG